AUGCAGAUGAAACAUGAAGAUGAUGAUGUCAAAGCACUCUAUCAAGUAUCGGGAUUCACAUGGGGCGUUUGGGAUGAGCCUAUCUUCAAUCUGCAGCCGAAAAUUAUCCUUGAGGCUGAUGUGUUGUACGAUGCAAGUGCCUUCGAUGAUCUCUUUGCCACCGUGGCGUUCAUCCUCCAGAAUUCUCCUGGUUCAGUUUUUAUGACCACCUAUCACAAUCGAAGUGGACAUCAUCUCAUUGAGUUCUUGAUGGUCAAAUGGGGGUUGAAGUGUGUGAAGCUUCUUGAUGGCUUUUCAUUCAUGCCAUCCUGCAAGGCAUCUGGGUUAAGUGGCAACAUUCAAUUGGCAGAGAUUGUCUUGAAUGGUGAACAAGCUAAGUCAGCUUAUACCUUACAUUAUCAGUGA